AAUAGUUACAGCUUGUAUAGAGUGGAAAAUUACAGGGACCGAAAAUGUAACUCACUAAAUUAAAAACUACAUCGUUUAUCAUUUAAAGCGUUUCCUGCAAAUAACCCUAAUCGUCUACAGUCCUUCAGUUCACAACGGCUCAACCUCCGAUUCACGCAGUCCACAUCUCACCGUCGCCGGCCGCCACCAUCCAUCACCGUCUUCCGUCGCUUAAACCCACAUCUCCACUCAGAUUUCUCCGAGGGACAUUUUGCCCUAAUUUUAUUUUCAUCCUUACCUUUCACUUUUUAUCCAUUUCUUCAACUGGCACUGGGUACAAAGCUACAAAUUCUACGACUACAAGCUACUGAAUUGAUCUGUAUACAUAAAAAAGGGUUCAACUUUUCUACUCCUACACUCAAACUAUUAUAUCUGAAUCACAUUCGAUUCAAAUUGUUAUAUAGAUAUCGGCUAAGUUGGUCGUGGUCAUUUUGACCCGAUUACUAAAAGCCCAAGCUUGGUUCUUGGCAUGCUCUCAAUUGCUCAAAUUGAUCACAGAUUUGUUCAGAGCAUCUUUUGUUUUUGCGGUAUUUCACGUUCCAUAUGUAGCACUAGUAAUGGAUUCAUCGAUGGGUUUCAACGAAUAGAGAAAUACUUAAUUGAUUAUCGUAAAAGCUCGAACUGUGAUACCGUAUCAGAUGAAAACCAAGAAGAAGAGUCAGUUGAUUCCGUUGGCACAAGUGGCAGAUAUGAAGAAGAAGAAGAAGAACAUCACCAACAAAAUGUAUUCAACAGAUCAAGCUUUCUAAGAAACACAAAAAACGCAGCUGCCAUGGCGCUCAAAGUUCUCCAACAAGAUGGUCCUGGGUUCGAUGCAAGAUCAGCUUUAGAUAAUCUAGAAAUACAAGUUUCAGGUUUACUCGUGAGAGAAGUUCUUAUAGGAAUCUUGAAGAACAUCAAUCAAGCAAACAGAGAACGAUGUGUAAAACUUGGCUACAAAUUCUUCAUAUGGUCAGGCCAAAAACAGGACUACAAUCACACAGUAAACACCUACCAUUUAAUCAUGCAAAUCUUUGCAGAAUCACAAGAAUACAAAGCAAUGUGGAGAUUACUCGAUGAAAUGACAGAAAAAGGUUACCCUGUAACCUCACGAACUUUCAACAUCUUUAUAUGCUCAUGUGGCGAAGCGGGUAUAGCCAAGAAAGUUGUAGAAAGAUUCAUAAAGUCAAAUUCAUUCAAUUUUCGCCCUUUUAAGCAUUCCUUCAAUGCAAUCUUACAUUCCCUUCAUGCUAUAAAACACUAUAAUCUCAUCGAAUGGGUGUAUCAACAAAUGUUGGCAGAUGGUCGUCAACCAGACACAUUAACAUAUAACAUCAUAAUGUAUGCAAAAUAUAGAUUGGGGAGAUUAGAUCAGUUUCAUAGCUUAUUUGAUGAAAUGGGAAGAAACGGAUUCCCUCCAGAUUUGCAUACAUUCAACAUCUUACUUCACAUUUAUGGACGAGCAAACAAACCAGCUGAAGCUGUGGUUCAUUUGUCGAUGAUGAAAGAAGCUGGAAUUGAGCCAAAUGUUCUUCAUUUUACCAAUUUGAUAGAUGCAUUAAGUCGAGCUGGAAACAUGGAUGCAUGUAAGUAUUUUUUUGAUUUAAUGGUGGAACAAGGGUGUGAGCCUGAUGUGGUGGCUUACACUGUGAUGAUCAAUGCACAUAUUGCAGGGGGACAGUUUGAAAAAGCAGAAGAAAUGUUUUCAGAUAUGUUUGAUAAUGGGAAGAUUCCUAAUGUUUAUACUUAUAAUACAAUGAUACGUGGGCUUUGUAUGGCUGGAAAAUUUGAGUAUGCGUGUUUGAUGCUUAAGGAAAUGGAAUCCAGAGGGUGUAAUCCGAAUUUUCUUGUGUAUAAAACUUUAGUGAGUUUUUUGAAGAAUGCUGGAAAGGUUUUUGAAGCUAAUGAGGUGAUUAAAGGGAUGGUGGAAAAAGGGCAAUAUGGUCAUCUUCUUAAGAGGAUUAAGAAAUAUAAGAGAUGCUAAGGUGGUAACUGGUAAGCCAUGUAUUAGGGGUGUAAUUGUAAUGUAAUAACUUUUCCCAUUUUGUUUUUGACUUUUUAUACUUCAUUAUUGUUCUUACUUGAUACAUUAAAAGAAAUGAAAAUUGCCAUUUUUUCAAAAAAAUCUCAAUCUGCCAUUGCUGUUGAAUGCGCGAUCUUCUCUAUUUGUCUGUUCAUAUGUUGUACAGAUUCAGUAGCCCUUUUUUGUGUGGAAUUUCUUUUCAAUAUGUUUGCACU